CAUGAAGCGAAUUUGAAGGUAGCAGCGGUGACUCCCGUGUCCAUCGUCAGCCAUCGCUCACCCUCUAGCGAUUUCACCCGCACUCCCUGACUCAGACCCACACCUUGCCUUCUCCUUCCCUCUUCCCUCUGCAUCCUACCUCGACGUCGCAUUCAUACCACUGUUCACAUGCCUUGCUAGCCGCCUCCAUCCUCCCACCCGCUCGACGGACGUACCCCUCGCCUAGCACUGUACACGAGCUCAUCCAUCUCGCCUUGCCUGUGCUUACGUCCUCAUGGGCGUGUUGCUAGACCAGCCUCAGCGUCAAGGCUCGGUCAACCCCACACCACACUCCCAUCAACGAAAUCAGACGUCUGGACGCCAUGACCAACCUGCCGCCGACGUCGUCAAGCAGCCAUGGUACCGCAUACAGACGCGCUACCGGUGGGGCUGGUGCUUUCUCUGUAUCAUGAUCUGGGGCAGCAUCCUCUCCCUGGAUCGCCUCGUCACCUACUCCUUUCAGACCCUCGCAGCCAAUUCCUUUCAGAAACAUUCCUCCCUCACCUUCAUCUCUGUGGUGCGGUCAGUGAUCGCCGCUCUCGCUGGCCCGCCCUUUGCCAUUCUCGAGCAACUGGCAGGGAGCCAGAUUGCCUGGCUCGUCGCCCUUGCUUGCUACGUAGCAGGUCAUGGCGCUACUGCUGGUUCCACAUCCGUCGCAACCUACACAGCAGGCAUUACCUUCUACGAGCUCGGUGCAAAUGGCUGUGUCAUCUUGCAGCAAAUUCUCGUAGCCCGCGUCACCUCCUCGAGGGAUCGACAGCUGUUCCUUAUCCUACCACAGCUCAGCUUCCUCGUUUGGGCCUUUAUUUCAUCUAGCAUCUUCAGCGCAUUGUCGACUCAUUGGAGGUGGGGCAUUGCCUUGUUUUCCAUACUCGGACCCAUCGCAUUGCUGCCCUUGGUGGGACUGCUGCACUACACUCCAUCACCAACUCGAGAGACGGGCACACUGUCAGACGCAGACCCGAUUCCGUCUGACAAGGUCCUGACAAAGGGGAGACAGUGGUCCUCUACCUUCAAGACCACCUGCUCGAAGGCAGACGUGAUUGGCCUGGCCCUUCUUGGGAGCGGCACUGCCGGCGUCCUGGUACCACUCAUCCUCGCCGGUCCUGCACUAGCCUGGGCUAAACCAAGAUGCUUGGCGCCCCUCCUCGUAUCUGGUGUGCUGAUCCUACCAACCUUUUUGGUCUGGCAACUCAAGUACGCACCGUACCCACUGAUUCCGAGAUCGCUCUUCCGCUCAAGAACCUUCAUCUUUGGAUCCAUGGCCGAGAUCCUCUUCCAGGCAUCCUUUGCCGGAGCUGCGGCCUACCUUCCCACCUAUCUCUACGUAGUCAUGGGCACCUCGGCCGACGCGCAGCAGAAUGUGUCCUCGGUCUUCAGCUUCUCGUACGCACUGGGGUGCCUGCCCAUCGCACUCGUUGUCCGCUACGCACGCAAAGUCAAGUACUUCGUCGUAUUCGGUGCAGUGCUCUUCACUAUUGGUGCAGGCGUGAUGAUCCUUCGCGGGCCGAACGACACACCUAGUCUCUUUAGGAUCGUCGUCUCGCAGGUGUUGAUGGGAUUUGGAGCAAGCGCGAGCAUGGCAGUGAUCCCUUCGAUGGUACAAAUCGAUGCUCAGCGGCGCUGGGCAGGCUCGCCAAACAAGACCGUUGGCGGAGCAUCUUGGGAAGACCAAAGCGGUAGCAGCGUUGAUGCUCAGGUGACGAGGGACGAGUCAGACGACGCCAUCACCGUCGUUGCCACACUGAGAGCCGACACUCAGCCUCGAGGUACUUACACACGCUCUCCGGGUCCGCUGAACUUGCUGGACAGCGAUGUAGGCAAAGCGAUUGCGGCGCUCAACAUCUGCCAGAGUAUCGGUGCUGCCAUUGGAAAUGCCCUCAGCGGCACACUAUGGUCUACAUUUGUCCCCCGCUACCUCAAUGAAGAGCUCGCCGCCAUCGGAGUCGCAGAUCAGGUCGGGGCGGUCUUCUCCGCUCCACUCACGUGGAUCGUAGACUACCCUAUUGGGACAGAGGAGAGAGACGCAGUGAUCAAGGGUUAUAACAAGGUGUGGAGACUAAUUAUGAUCCUCUUCACUGCCCUGCUCGCUUGCUCGGUGCUGGUCGCUCUGCUGAUGGAAAAUCUCCGACUCGAUGACGGGAUUGGCCAGUCGGCUGAAGCAGCAGAGGGAAAGACGGGUCUCAAAGACUCCAAUGGCCCCGCACAAUCUGUCGCCGGGGACCAAGAGCUCGGAUCGGGUCGCGAGGAAGGCUUCGUGAGCGAUCUCCUCGGCCAGACCUUCUUCCUGCGAGUUGAAGCAUGGUUUUGCAGAAACUUCCCACGUCGCAGCAGCAGCAGCGGCAGUGCUAAGAUGGUCGCACCCCGCUUCGUGAGACGGAUCACUGCAAGUCCAGAGCCCGAAGCCACACACGUCCAGGGCGUCCCUGAUGCGCUCCAACGUAGCAUUGCUCAAGAUCGAGAGCGCGAGACUGGAUCUCAUCUUCAGGAGCGAAGACCCAGCAAGCAGGACGGUGCGGAUGCGGUUCAAGUCUAGUGCUAUUGCACUUGUUUAUAUAGGUAUACUUUCUUCGAAAUAUUUCCCCCGUCGUGUUGUACAUACAGGUAUCGUCGUCACCAUCCAUCCACCCAUCCAUCCAUCCAUCCCGUCUCUUUCCUUGCCCACAUAUCCGAUAGGCGCUGGUUCGCCUCUGUCCAUAGUACCUGCUCCACCCACCGUGUUGAUUAUAUUAUACUUGGUGUGCCGUAACUCAUAAUUCGU